AUGGAUUCUGCACAGAAAAGAAAUAUCCCUAUUUCUGAAGGUGCUUUGAUUCCAUCAGCUGAUCCUGUUGUUCCAGAAAACGCCAAUGAUAUUCAAGAAGUCCCAGGGGAAGCAUAUGUUACUCCUCCCGUUCAAACAUCAGUGUCUUCAUCAAAAACCCCUGAUGAUGGAUCCCAUAUUGCAAUUCCUUCUGUGAAUUCAACUGCUCAAAGUGGAACUCCUGUCAUUACUCCUCCCGUCCCACAACUUGCUGCACAAAGGUAUAUUGUGGACAUCAAUGGGUUGGUGCCAACCAAAACCAUACAUUUCAACAUUGUCGUUCGUGUGAUGACUAUAUGGAAAAUGUAUGAUACUCAAAACAAGAAGGAUGUCAAAUCACUUGAAUUGUCUUUGAUUGAUGCUCAAGAUUUGAUAGGACACAUAAUUGGCUACAGUGAUCCUAUUGUUGAAAAGGGUAAGAAGAGGAUUUCUGUGCAACUGGAGGAUGAAAGAGCUGACACGUUAAAGGUUACUCUUUGGGAAGAACACGCUGACCAUGUUCUCAAUUGUAUGAAUAAUGAACCCGAAUAUCCUGUUGUUUUGAUUGUGCAGUAUGUCAAGUGUAAAAAGUACUAUUCCAAAGUUUCAGCUACAACCAACCUAUUUAAUGGCAGGAUAUACCUCAAUGAUAUGAACAUUGCUGACAUAUACGAGUACAAACACAAGAUGGAGCAAGAAGAGAUAAAAAGUGCAAGAAUCCAGAAGAUCUCCCUGCUGUCUUCAAUUUCAGGUUACACAACGUUUGAAGACUUUGUCCGUGAUGCAGAGAUGCUAACUUUGUCUGGAAUUAGCGAAUUGGAUCAGAAAGGUUUUGAGAUAGAAGAUGCUGAGAAGAACAAUGGAGGAAAUAAAAAGUUAUCAUUUGCAAAGAGCAGAAGGACAGAUAAUGGAAAGGCAAUUUCAUGUCCGAAAAAAUGGAUGUGCAGCAGUCAUGGACCUGUUUCUGCUGUUGGGCUAAAAUUCAAACUGCAGGUAUAUGUUGUUGAUGGUUCAGGUAGCAGGAUUGCUACACUUUGGGACAGAAUGGUUUACAAUUUCAUAAACAAGAGUGCUGCCGAACUAAUUCAGGAGGGGAACUUAGAUUACCCUGAAAUCCUAGAGGAAAUUGUGGGGAGAAAGUGUUUGUUCAGGCUGGAUGUGUCCAAUUACAAUAUUAGGAACAAUACAAGUGAGAUAUCGGUUGCAAGGAUUGCUACUGAUCAUGAUAUUAUAAAGAAGUACCUCGAAGCUGUUUCUGAUGAUCAGACAGCUGUUUCGUGCACUGAUGAAACUGAUUUGAUGUUGAUUGGAGAUGACUCUGCCGAUAGUCCUCCUCCUAAGAAGUUUACAAAUGCACAUGAAGUUUUGAGAAGAAAAACACGUUAUAUUUCAGCAGUCAAAAUGGAUUAUGGUUAUGAUCAAUUGGUUUCAGUUCCAGCAAACAUUCAAACAAAAGGAUUGAUACUUAGCAGUAACCUCACUGCAAUUUUAAGACAUGUUGGACAACAAAUCAUGAUUGAAGUACCAGGGAUUCGCAGUGUUUUUGCAAAUAUGCAUAUUAAUAAGAAAAAGAGGUGUCAAUUAUACGGAUCUGCACUUGAGGAGAUCUUUGCAGCCAUCGGUGUUUUUCCUCAAUCUAAGAUUCAUGUUGUUUAUCACAAGUCUUCUAAUGUUCUGCAUUUAUUUAAUUUUAAUCACGAUGGAUGCCAACGUUUUUCCCCUGAUCUUAAUGCAAACAUUGGACAUCGGUACCUUUUGGAGUUAAAUCCUAACAAUUCUCUCCGAUGUGUUAUUAACCCACAGUACUUUAGGGGUAUAGAUUGGCCUUUGAAUCAAACUGUUUCGCUGAUCCUUGAUGAUAAACACAAACAGUGGAAUUUUAAUAUAUAUACACAACAGGGUGAACCUGUAGGUUUUGAAGGCAAAAUGUGGGCAGAAUUUCAUGAUCUUUACUUUAAUCAUCUACGAGGUGUAAAUGUAAUAUUCAUUUACACAGGGCAAUUAUACUUUAGGUUAAGGGUUUUCAACCCUCAAGGUUACUGCUGUGAUCAGGAUAUAUCUGUUUCGGAUUCAUCUGAAGGUGAAGUUGACACAAUUGACUACAUACGAUCUAAUAGUGAUCAGAAUACUUUCAACGUAGUCAUGAACACUGAUGUCAUUCAACGUGGUAGAUUGGAAAUACCAUGGCACAUUGUCAGAAGACUUGAUAUUCAAGACUACAAUAGUUUGAUCAUAUACUACGAUGAAGAACCUGUUAUCAGAAUGGGCCGUGUCUAUUUAUCUGAUUAUCCUAAUCGCUUCAUUGUCGAAGGAGACAUUGAGUACAUGAUGGGUUUAAAAAAGAUCCCUACUGGUAUCAAGCUCGGUUUUCAUAUAGAUGCAAGAAAGGCAGUUAAUAAGGAACAUUUAAUCUUGGAAGUACUGUAA